AUGCCAUCGAUAGACCAUAUCCCACUACUAGACGUUAGACCGAUCAAUGCUUCACGCGCGCAGCUCAUCAACGCUCAAGUACACGUGCAGCCAAGCAAGGCUAAUUUUUUCUCCAUCUACCGACACGCGAACGCAUCACAGCUAUGCCUUUUGUUCGUGUCUGCAACGUGUGCUGCGGCAUCUGGUGCAGCAAUGCCUUUGGUGACAGUGGUGUUCGGGUCAUUAGUGAAGGAGUUUAUCAAUGAAAGGGAUCAGUUGUCAGAUGAUAUUGCAAGUCAUAUCCAACAUUUGACACUAAAACUUGUAUACAUUGCGAUCGGGGCAUUUUUCGCCACCUUGAUUAGCGCAUGGGGGUUCAAUGCUGUCGGGGAGCAGAUUGUGCGCCGCCUCCAGCGUCGAUAUCUGUCCUCGGUUCUACGGCAGAAUAUUGCGUUUUUUGAUGUGCUCGGCGCAGGGGAACUGACAACGCACAUUGACCAAGACAUGAAAAUGAUACAGGCUGGCAUAUCACAGCAGGUGGGCGAUGUUAUCUCUGGGCUUUCCGGGUUUUUCAUUGCCAUAAUAUGCGCCUUCAUGCAAAACCGUCGCUUUGCGGCGAUCAUGAUCUCACAACCAAUCUCUUUACUUUCGAUAUUGGGCAUGAUGGGAUUUUGGUUGAGUGUCACCCAGAAACGUGGCCUGGCUCAAUGUGUGAAAGCCGAGAAUUUGGCACAGGAGGUUCUAAGUGCCAUGAGGAGUGUCAUUGCCUACGGUAGUCAGCAGAGAUAUUCUAACAAGUACCACGAAGCUCUCAAAGGUCCAACCGCGCUUGACUUCCAGGAACGAUUAAUUUUUGGUGUGAUCGUUGCUGGAUCAUUCAUGGUUUUGCACUGGACCAACGGCUUGGGCCUAUGGCAAGCAAAUCAUCUCUUUCAGAAGGGACAAUGUACUAUCCCGGAGGCUUUGACCGUACUGUGGGCGGCUGCGGUGGCUGGUGGUAUGCUAAGCCAAGCACUGCCUUGUAUUGUUGAUAUUACUCAGGCCAACGGUGCAGCUAGUCGUGUUUUCUCUAUCAUCGACCGCCCUUCACCAAUCGACGCUUUGGAAGACAAGGGGUAUCAACUUGACUCAUUACGAGGAGAUAUCAGAUUUGAAGAUGUUCACUUUGCCUACCCUUCACGACCAGAAAAAGCUAUAUUGGAAGGAUUGAGUUUCCAUGUGCCAGCUGGUCAGACUGUUGCGUUUGUGGGACCCUCGGGAUCUGGGAAGUCAACCCUAUUCAGCCUCUUAGAACGCCUUUAUUGCCAUCUUGGUGGCAAUAUCAUGGUGGACGAUCAGUCCAUUGAAGAUCUAAAUAUUUCGUGGCUUAGAUCCCGGAUUGGAUAUAUCAGCCAGGAAAUCACGUUGUUCGAUGGAUCGAUUCACGACAAUAUUGCAAAUGGCCUCCAUAAGGCUGUCGAUGAGGAACUGGACGCUUCUACCCUUUGUGACCUGGUAAUCCAAGCCAGCGAGGUAGCUCAAAUUCAUUCGUUCAUCAGCAAUCUUCCCCAGGGUUAUGAUACUAUGAUAGGAGCAAAUGGAUCGCACCUCUCUGGUGGGCAAAAACAAAGAAUCGCCAUUGCCCGUGCUAUCAUCUCUCAGCCAUCCAUCUUGCUUCUCGACGAAGCCACCGCUGCACUAGACAGUCAGAGCGAGAAAGAGGUUCAAGAAGCGCUCCAAUCGGCGGCAUUAGGACGAACAACCUUGAUAAUAGCACACAGGUUGUCGACUGUCCGUAAUGCAGAUACAAUCAUUGUGAUGAAGGAUGGUCGAAUUCUGGAGCAGGGAUCUCAUGAAGGGUUGAUGUCAUCGUCUACCUUAUACCAAGGUCUAGUGAUACAACAAGCACUGCCACCAAGUGAGCGUUUAGCGGAAAGUCCUGUUCAUCAUUUGCCGUGCCUUGAGCAGGACUCUCAGAAAGGUAUUUCCAAAGCUUUCGUGGAUGUUGCUCCAGUCAAGACGUCAGACGAUGAAUCCGCGCCGGCGUCUCCGGCUAAAAGCAGUAUCCGAAAUAUUUGGCACCUCAAUAAGCCAGAGCUGCGAUAUACUAUCGCGGGUCUAUGUCUAAGUAUCCUUGCCGGGAUAUCAUACCCUAUUCACGCAAUCUUCUUUGGGAAUGGUAUAAUUUCAAUAAUCAAUCCUGAGCUUAGCACUGGGGGUCGAAGCGUUCAAUUCUGGGCACAAAUGUACCUUAUGUACGGAAUCAUCGUUUUUCUCAUUUAUUGUGCACGAGGAUACUGUUUUGCCAUAUCCGCAUCUCAGCUCGGUCUCCGAGUCCGGUCAAAUUUGUUCCGGGCUUUAUUAUGCAGAGAUAUUACCUUCUUUGGAGAACGGGGUCAUUCUGUGGGGUAUUUGGUGAGCUUUUUAUCAUGGGGAACCAAAAGGGUCACAGGGGUGUCAGGAACAUCACUUGGUCUUUUUCUGGAAAGCGCUGUGAUGCUUACAACUGGAAUCGCUGUUGGAUGCAUUUUUGGGUGGAAGCUUGGCCUUGUUUCAAUGGCAACGGUACCAUUUGUCGCUGCAUCAGGCUUCUUGCAAUUCUACAUCGUGAAAAAGGUACAUAAUCAUGUCAAGCGUGACACCAAAGCCGCUGCGGUAGCCCAUGAGGCAUUCUCUGCCAUCAGAACAGUCACGAUACUUGGGUUGCAGCAGAAGAUCGGCGAAGCCUUUCACAAGGCCGGCGACCAUGACCACCAGGGUCGGUACUGGCCAAUUUCCGCGAUGAUGUACGGGUCCACAUUGCUUUUCCGCAUACUGAGUAUCGCCUUUGUGUUUUGGUAUGGCGGGACCCGACUCGUCGCAACAGGUGAGUACAAUAUACAACAGUUUCUCAUCUGUUUUGCAGCUACAAUUUGGGGAGCUCAAUCCGCUGCUGCCCUUUUUGGUCGAGCUCCGGACCUCGCCGGUGCCUGCAGUGCUGCCUCCCACCUUGAUGAGCUGAUGGGACCUAUCAAAGCACACUUUCAAGAUGAUGUUCUUCAUGAUACCUCUCUUGACGCACCUACAACCACUGAGAUACUUGCUCUACGGAACGUAACUUUCAACUACUCUGACCGCAGACAUCAGCCAGUCUUGGAUAACGUCAGUCUCGAUGCACCACCUGGCGCUUUCAUAGCCCUCGUCGGAGCAACUGGUAGCGGGAAAAGCUCCGUCAUUAAUCUCGUGGAGCGCUUUUACUCCCCUAGAUCUGGACAUAUCACUCUGGCAGGCCGGUCUAUCAAUGAUUAUAAUCUUAAAAGCUAUCGGAAGUACUUGGCACUAGUCGAUCAAAACCCUUGCCUGGUGGGAGAAGAUCUCCGCGAGUGUUUACAGAGCGACGAAGAUGACAUUUCAGAUGAUGAGAUCUUGCUCACUUUAAAGGAUAUCGGGAUGGGUGAUUUUGUGGUAUCUCUGCCCGAGGGGCUAAACACCCCCGUGUUGGGUAAUGGGUCUACUCUUUCCGGAGGUCAGCGUCAACGCAUGGCGAUCGCAAAGGCUCUUCUUCGGAAACCCAAGAUUCUUCUACUCGAUGAAGCGACUUCUGCGUUGGAUACCGCCACAGAGCAAUUAGUCCAGGAGACCCUCCAGCGCGCCAUGACAGACCGAAUAACCAUUGCUAUCGCUCAUCGACUAAAGACCGUAGUUGAUGCUGGUCAAAUCCUGGUCUUCGAUAACGGUCGUAUAAUCGAGAGCGGUACGCAUGAUGAUCUUAUGCAGCUUGGCGGGAAGUACUUUCAGAUGGCGAAACUGCAACAGCUGGACGAAGAAAAUUAA